CGGUUUGGUCCGGUUUGGUCCGGUGUAGUAUUCGUAAACAACCAAAUUUAUUUUACUUAAAUGCAUUUUGAUCAUUUGAAUAUUUUUUCGUCAGUUCACAAUGGCGAAAGCAGAGCAGUUAUUUUCAUUUGGUAUUAUUGCAGAUGUUCAGUAUGCAGAUGUGGAUAAUCGAUACAACUAUACCAAAACGAAUCUUAGGUAUUAUCGAAAUGCAAUAAACCAUCUCAAGGAUGCUAUUAGUACAUGGAACGACUCUAAAGUUGAAUUUGUUGUUCAACUUGGAGAUUUGUUGGAUGGUUUUAGUAAUUUUUAUAAAAAAAGCCAAAUAGAUUUUGAAAAUAUUAACAACACAUUAAUUAAGUUUGACUCUUGUGGAUUGCCUGUAUCUAAGCAAGAAGGUACUUACGUAAGUGAGAAGGAUCCAUCAAAAGUUGUUCCAUAUAUUUGUCAUGUUUGGGGAAAUCACGACUUUUACAAUUUUUCAAGAGAAAUGCUUUGGAAAAGUUCUUUAAACAGUUUUAUAAAAUCAUGUAACUUAUAUUCAGAACAUAAUGCUAGUUUUCACAAUUAUGAUUAUUAUUAUUCAUUUACAUUUAAAACAUUUCGUAUUAUUGCGUUAGAUACCUAUGAUAUAUCCACUUGUGGUAGAGCUUCUCAUACAGAUGAAUGGAAAUUAGCUACUAGUUUUUUAAAAGAAUAUAAUAAAAAUGAUGAAAAAGCAGAGCCUUAUCCUUGUUCUCCACAAUAUGUUUCAUGGAAUGGAGCUAUAAGUGAGAAACAACUUCUAUGGCUCCAUGAUGAGCUCAUCGAUGCUUCAAAUAAUAAACAAAAAGUAAUUUUAUUAAGUCAUAUUCCUUUGCACCCAAAAGCAUCAACAGAAAAUACAGUUUGUUGGAACUUUAAUGAGAUUUUAUCAACCAUUUAUUCGUACAAGUGUGUUGUAGCAUGCUUUGCUGGUCACUUUCAUGAUGGAGAGUUUUACCAUGAUCAACAAUCGAGCAUAUAUUUUGUAACAUUACCAGGAGUAGUUGAAAGAGAAGUUAAUAAAAAUGCUUUUGCAAUUGUAAAUGUUUUUGAAAAUUACAUAGAAAUCAAUGGUUUUGGUGAAUUAUCUAGUCAAAAAUUACUUUUUUCAUAAAUAUUUUAUUUAAUUUCUUACAAGAGCAAAGUUAAUUUUUAAGUAUUAAAA